AUGCAGCGUACCCCCGAUGUGAGCAUUGGCUACCGGCUCGAAGUCGGCACGACGGUGACCUUCAUCUGCGCCUGCAUCGUGGUCAGCCUGCGGGGCGUGGCGCGCAGCAUCUACGCGAAGCUGAGCUGGGAUGACUACCUGAUGCUCUUCGCGGUGGUACAAGCGCUCAUCGCCACGGUCUUCGACUACCUCGCCGUCAACCACGGGCUCGGCCGCCACCUCAUCUACCUCCAGAAGACCGCCGCCGUGCAGGCCAUGUAUUACGACUUGCUGUCGCAGGUCUUCUGCAUCAACGCGCUGAGCUGCGCCAAGAUCUCCAUCUGUCUCUCCUACCUGCGGAUACUAAAGGGCACGCGUCACAGCGUGCUGCGCGUCACCUGCUAUCUGACCGCGUUUCUGGUCUUCGCCGUGAACACCGUGGUGAUCAUUUCCUUCCGCACCAACAAACUCCUCCUCUGCGGCCUGAUGGGUCUCGGCGUGAUAACGGGGGUGUUCGCCACCAUCCGCACCAUCGAAUCCGGCCUCGGGCUGAAGAACGGCACCAGCGACGCCUCCUACACGACGGUCAUGGGCCUGAUGUGGGCCGGUAUGGAGCGCAACAUCGCCAUGAUGAUCGCCAGCGUGCCUGCGCUCCGGCCGCUGACGACCCCGCUGGCGAGGUGGACCUCGCAGACGAUCUCGUAUCUGGGCGUGGGCUCGAGUAGUAAGACCCAGCAGACGUAUGAGCUGGGGGGUUCCGGGGCGUCGCAGCGGAAGUCGGUGAGCAACGUCUUGCUGUCCACUCGGGGUGGGCUGAAUCUCACCCAAGUCCUCGCCCGGAUCCCGCCACAGUUGCUCAAUCCCAUCGAGCGUCGCGAUGAGAUUGAUUUGUCAAUGGCUGAGAACCGGGUCAUCAGGGCGGAAGUUCUGCAACUGGCCCGGUCUGCCAUCGAGACGAGCCUGCGAUCCCAAGGGUUUUUCGGGGACGCAGGCUUGCUGGAGCUUCUCGCCGGUGUCUUUCAGAACCACUUUCGCCCCUACGCCUCCGUGCACCCCGACCAUAUCGCCGUCACAGCCGGUGCGGCCGCCGGGCUGGACGCGCUGCUGUACAAUAUCUGCAACCCGGGCGACGGGGUGCUCGUCCCCUGCCCCUACUGGAAUGGCUACGAUGCCCUGUUCACUCUCCAUUCCGAGGUUCGCCCCGUUGGGGUCGUGCUGCCUUCCUUCGAAGAAUCCUUCGGUCCGGGAUUCCUGGCGGCGCUGGACGACUCCUACCGCCACGCCCCCGGCCCCAUCAAGGCGCUGGUGCUGGCGAACCCGCACAAUCCUCUGGGACGGCCGUACUCCCAAUCGAUCCUGGAGCAGUGCAUGUCGUUCUGUCAAGCCCGCAAUCUUCAUCUCAUCUCCGACGAGGUGUUCGGUCUCAGCCACUUCCCCAGCCCGGACUUCCAGGCCCCACCGCCGUUCACCUCCUGUCUCAGCAUUGAUCCCAACACCGUCGGAUGCGAUCCGGCGCGCGUGCACGUGGUCUGGAGCAUGAGCAAGGAUCUGGCCGCCAGCGGGGUCCGACUGGGCUGCGUGGUGACGCGCAACCGUCCCCUGCGCAACGUGGUGGGCCUCGUCGCCUCCGUUCACGUCUCGGGGCUCUCGACGGUGUUUGCCAAGGAGGUUCUGGCCUCGUCGCAACUGCCCGACCUCCUGGCGCGGAGUGCCACACGGCUGGCGGAUGCCUACACCACGCUGACGACCGCGUUCCGGGCGGCUGGCAUCGAGUACUUCCCAUGCCACGCCACCGUCUUCGUGCUGGCGCGGCUGGCCCCGCAGGCCACGAGCUGGGAUGAGGAGAUGCUGGCCCUUCACGCGUACCGGCAGGCGGGGGUCGUGGUCGUGCCCGGCAGGGCGUAUCAUCUGUCCGACGGGCAGGCGGGCUGGAUGCGGGUGACGUUUGCCAUGGAGGCGGAGGCAUUGGCUGAGGGGAUUAGGAGGAUUGAAAGGGUGUAUCGGACACUCAUGGCAUGA